AUGGCGAGCCGUGGUUAUGACUUCAGGAGCAACCUAGGAAAAGGCAUCUACGGGAAUGUUGUGAGUGCGUUUUCAACCCGCCUGGGGAAAAGAGUUGCCAUAAAGGUUGUAGACAAAUUAAAGGUUAAAUCUGUGUACCUGAAAAAGUUUCUGCCUCGGGAAAUGGAGAUCAUCAGGUCUUUGAACCAUCCCAACAUUGUCAAGACUAUAGAGAUAUUUGAAUCAUGCACAAGCAAGGUCUAUGUUGUUAUGGAGCUUUGUGUGAAAGGAAACCUCUUGAAGCACAUCAAUGACAAGGGGCCCUUCCCCGAGCAUUCAGGCUGCAGGCUUUUCACACAGCUGUGUGAGGCCAUCCAGUAUCUUCAUGACAGUGACGUGGCUCACAGAGACCUUAAAUGUGAAAACCUGCUGCUAGACAAACAUGACAACCUCAAAGUGUGUGACUUCGGGUUCAGCAAGAGGCUCACUUACGCAGACGGGCAGGUGGUGCUGAGUAAAACCUACUGUGGCACCUCGUCCUAUGUAGCACCUGAGAUUUUGAGGAGUGUCGCAUACAACCCCAAAGUGUCCGAUGUGUGGAGUAUGGGUGUCGUGCUGUAUAUGAUGCUCUAUGCAUCAUUGCCCUAUGAUCACACUAACAUUAAGAGGAUGGUGAGGGUUCAAACUCAGCAUAAUAUCAACUUCCCAAACACGUCUGUUUCCUCUGAGGCAAAGGAGCUUAUCCAAAGCAUUCUGCAUCCUGAUGUUGAGAGGCGAAUUACAAUCAGCAGAAUAUUACAGAGCUCCUGGAUGUUGCGGAGAAUCGAGGACAGUGAGGCUUCCACAUCAAAUGCUGGCUCCGAGCAGGAAGGACAUCCAGAUGAAAAGGCCAAAAAGCAUGAGAGACUCUCAAAAGACAGUUCAGACCCUGGGGAAGGACCAUCAACUGCUGCCCCAAGACACUGA